UUUAGUUUUACUUGAACAAAAAUGCUUCACGAAUAUUUAUUUAGCAAUAAAUAGGACAGUGUUCAGAUUAAUGUCGUAGGAACGCGGACGCUCCCACCCCACCCACUACAACCAUGUUUAUUCUGCUGUAAACGGGUCAACGAUAAGUCCCAGCUAUCAAAAACCAAAAACAUAGUUAAUUACAUCGGUCAUUAAUGUGACUUUCACUAAUCACAAUACAACGCGUUUUCGUUGCCGUCGUGGUAAUUUGUGAAAGUGACUCGGGUUCUAUUUUCUGACGUAGUCAAGCUCUUAUUCUGCUGUUUCAAGGCGAACCAACACCCCGUUAAACAUAAUUCAGACAGUACACAUGCACUUUGUCCCUCCAAACAUCGUGGGACCGUUUUUGAAUCAGAGAGAAUACUGAUUCUGAACGCUCGGUCAGAAGACGAGGAGCAGUGAACAGUAAUUAACUGUACAAUUAGUGCUAUUCAUCGAACAGACUGUCUUCAGGCCUGUCUCCCAGGGUAGACAGCGGGAAAAGCAGUGACUGAGACCAUGAAGACGGCAGUUCACUUCCUCCUGGUGCUUGGCUCGCUCCUCCAUGUCACCAUCCGAGCCCAGGAGCUGAGCUCUGAUGUCACGGAGCUGGCCCUCAAGAACGCGGACUUCGCCAUGAGCCUGUACCGCGAGAUCGCCAGCGCCAGCGACGACAACGUCUUCUUCUCGCCCCUGUGCGUGUCGUCGGCCCUCGCCGCUCUGUCGACGGGCGCCCAGGGGGCCACCCGCGAAAAGAUCCUCCAGGGGCUCGGCGUCGCCCCCCUGGAGCAGGACGGCCAGCCGGAGCGGAUCCCGGACCUCUUCCACAAGCUUCAGGAGGCGGUGACCAAGAACGAGGCGCUGCAGUUCGACCAGGCCGCCGCCCUCUUCGUCCGCCAGCAGCUGGAGGUGGAGACGGCCUUCAGCGACCUGAUCAAGAAGUACUUCGGCGCCGACGUCAACAAGGUGGACUUCGCCAACGCGCAGGCCAGCAAGACCGCCAUCAACGAAUACGUCAAAAGCAAGACGGGGGGCAAGGUGAUGGAGGUGGUCGGCACCGUGGACCCCCAAACCGCGCUAAUGCUCAUUAGCUCCGUCUUCUUUCAAGGGAACUGGGCGCUUCCAUUCAGCACCAGCUCCUCGCCAGAGGAGCGUUUCUUCAUCAACAAGUACAAAAUCAUCCAGGUCCCCAUGAUGUUCAACAGUGACAAGUACUACCUGGCCUACGACCCCACCGUGAAGAUGGGCGCUCUGAAGCUUCCGUACCAGGGGGGCGUGGCCAUGCUCGUCCUCCUGCCCGACAAGGACGUAGACUACACCUCCGUCGACGAGGUGCUCACCGGAGAACGCUUCCUCGGCUGGAUAAAGAGGCUGAAGAAAACCAAACUGGAGGUGCAGCUGCCCAGGUUCUCACUGGAGCAGUCAUACGCUUUGAAGGCGGUCCUGUCUGACCUGGGCAUUUACAACGUGUCCGAGAGUGCAGACCUCUCCGGAGUGAGCAAGGAGCCUAAUCUGAGCCUGUCAGAGAUGAUUCACAAGGCCAAGAUUGAGGUUAAGGAGUCUGGUACCGCUACCGCGGAAACCGAUCUCAACACACUCUCCGCACCCCCCCGCCUCAUCUUCAACAGGCCCUUCCUCUUUGUCAUCUACCAUGAGGCCACCAACAGCCCUCUGUUCAUGGGCAGGGUCAUAGAUCCCACCAAGAAGUAACUAUUCCAAUGGGCAGACUGCUGAACAUGACUCUCCAUUAUCCCACUUUAAACUUGCUUGCUUUACAUCUGUUUCAGCUAAACGUAGCGUUUGCUUUUGUCUGCCGUGCACUUAUGAAUAUAAUAAUGUGUAUUCAUCUGUGACAUCCAUAACUCAUCAAAAGCAGACAAAGCUAAUGUAAUUGCAGAGAAAUGGAUGGUCAUCCACAGGACACUCACAUAGUAUAGAUACACAAAUUAAGGAUGUUUGCUGUGUUUUUAAAGACCCUGUCUGUCACUUUUUAAUAGUCACAUCAUAUGAAAAUGACAAAGUUCUUAUACUGCCUAUUUGUUAUUGGUCUUCUGAAGACCAAACUGCUUGCAUUCCAUUAUAGGAAAUUACAUUUUAGCCAAUCGUAGUCAUCGUAUCUGUUUAGUGGGCUGCCAAUCAAAAGUGAUCUUGUAGUGAAUAUUCAUUAUAGGCCGUUAUACACAUCUUGUAAGUUUUCCGGGCUCUCAUACUUUUCCUCAAAGGAGAUAUUAUUUUUCCGUUUAUAAAUUUGGAGACCUUUUUUUCAUAAUGUGGCUUAAUGAAUACUUUAAAUGUUGAAAAAGUGAUAUACAGGGUAGUUAGCAGAACACACAUGCAUUAACGCAGUUAUUAUUUAUGCGCUGCUAAAUGUGAGAGUAGAAAAAUCACGUCACUGAAUUCCAGGUGUGUUUUUCUAUCAGUAGAUUAUCAGAUUUUAGAGCACAUGAAGUUUUUAAAGAGGUGUAAUAAUUAGCAUUCCCUUACUAUGUCUCAGUUGGAAACAAGGGAACAAAUGUAAGAUGCUAUGUUACCUGAAAUGCUAAAUAAAUGACCUUCCGUUCUACAAAUCUGUUUUGGUCGUUCAGAUUUUGAAAUACCAUGGGUAUAACGUGGCAGUGCAGCUACAGUUUGUGUGCGUGUGUUUGCAUAUAUGUGUGUGUGUGUGUGUGUGUGUGUGUGUGUGUGUGUGUGUGUGCCUGUUUGCAUGUGUGCGUGCAUGCAUACAUUAAUGUGCGUGUGUCUUUGUGGAUUUGCUCUUGCAGUUAUCCCAGGUGACCUACUUAUGACUGUCUCUGCCUAAAGUCGCCAACACGCCAUUUACAUAUAUGAACAAAAUACUGUUGUAUUUCUCUCAUUAAAUCCUUGCUUCAAGCACA